UGCUUUUCUCUGAAGGAUUUCUUGAAGAUCGUUGGCUCUUAGAGAUCCAGAGAGAGUUAGCGGCGUCUGUCAGAGUUGAUGAUUCAGCAGGAGAAGCCGUUGGCGGGCAGCAUGCCGGUGGUUUGGCCCACGCUGCUCGACCUCAGCAGAGAUGAGUGCAAGCGAAUCCUGCGCAAACUGGAGCUGGAAGCGUACGCCGGCGUGAUCAGCGCGCUCCGCGCUCAAGGAGAUCUCACUAAAGACAAGAAGGAGCUGCUGGGAGAACUCACUCGAGUGCUGAGUAUCUCGACGGAGCGGCAUCGAGCGGAGGUGCGCAGAGCCGUGAACGACGAGCGCCUGACCACCAUCGCGUAUCACAUGUCGGGGCCCAACAGCUCGGCGGAGUGGUCCAUCGAGGGCCGGCGGCUGGUUCCUCUCAUGCCCAGACUGGUUCCUCAGACGGCCUUCACUGUGAUGGCCAACGCGAUGGCCAACGCCACGGCGCACCAGAACGCCUCGCUGCUGCUGCCCGCCGAAACCGCCAACAAAGAAGUGGUGGUGUGUUAUUCGUACACCAGCACCACCUCCACUCCACCCAGCGCAUCGGCUCCCAGCAGCUCCAGCGCAGCAGCGGCCGUCAAAUCCCCUCGACCCGCCAGCCCUGCCUCAAACGUGGUGGUGCUGCCCAGCGGGAGUACGGUCUACGUCAAGAGCGUGAGCUGCUCCGAUGAGGACGAGAAACCUCGUAAGAGGCGGAGAACCAACUCGUCUAGCUCCUCCCCCAUGCUGCUGAAGGAGGUGCCUAAAGUGGCCACGCCCAUUCCCAAAACCAUCACGCUUCCGGUGAGCGGCAGCCCCAAGAUGAGCAACCUGAUGCAGAGCAUCGCCAACUCGCUGCCGCCGCACAUGUCGCCGGUGAAGAUCACCUUCACCAAACCCUCCACCCAGACCACCAACAGCACCACGCAGAAGGUGAUCAUCGUGACGACGUCUCCCAGCUCCAACUUCAUGCCAAACAUCUUGUCCAGGUCGCACAACUACGCGGCCGUGUCGAAGCUGGUGUCGAGCGCCGCGCUCAACGCGGCCAGCCACAAACAGACCAUGGUGAUCUCAGCCGGCUCCGCCGCGGCCCCGGGGCCCAGUCCUGUCGCUGUGACGACCAUGGUGUCCUCCACACCUUCAGUGGUGAUGUCCACCAUUGCUCAGGGCGGCUCCUCCGCGGCGGUGAAGGUGGCCUCCACUCGUCUGCCGUCUCCCAAGGCUCUGGUCAGCUCUCCGUCUCAGAUCCUGCAGAUUCCCAGAGCACAGCAGCAGACGGCGGUUCAGUCUGCGUCUCCUAAAGGCCUGCAGGCCUCGUCUCCUCAGAGCGCCGCCGCCGGAGCCAAACCCACCAUUCAGAUCAAACAGGAGUCUGGAGUGAAGAUCAUCACGCAGCAGAUGCAGCCCAGUAAGAUCUUACCCAAACCCUCCAGCGCCGCGCUGUCCAGCAGUAGCUCCGCCCCCAUCAUGGUGGUCAGCAGCAACGGCGCCAUCAUGACCACUAAACUGGUGUCCACUCCCACAGGAACCAGCACCAAGAUCACCACCAUCCCCAUGACCUCCAAACCCAACGUCAUCGUGGUGCAGAAGACCUCCGGCAAAGGGACGACCAUCCAGGGUCUGCCAGGGAAGAACGUGGUGACGACGCUGCUGAACGCAGGGGGAGAGAAGACGCUGCAGGCCGUCUCCGGAGCCAAGCCUGCUAUCAUCACUGCAUCGCGGCCCAUCACCAAAAUGUUCGUGACGCAGCCCAAGAGCCUCGGCGCCGGCAUCCAGCCGUCCACCAAAAUCAUCCCCACCAAGAUCGUGUACGGACAGCAGGGCAAAACACAGGUCCUGAUCAAGCCCAAGCCCAUGGCGUUUCAGACGGCGCUGGUGAGCGAACAGACCCGUCAGCUGGUGAGCGAGACGCUGCAGCAGGUCUCACGCAGCGCCGGAUCCGGCCAGGAGGGGGCGCUCAAGGACGACUCGCCCUCGUAUACAGAGAGCAGCUCUGUGACCUCCGACAGCACUCACGACGCUCAGCCGGUGGUGCACCUCAUCACCUCCAGGGGGCAGGAGUGGACGGAGCAGGAGGUGUCUGUGGAGGCGAGUCCCACCAUCAUUUACCAGGACAUGACGGGAGAGUCUCAGUCGGCCACAUCCACCAUCAAAGCCCUGCUGGAGCUGCAGCAGACCAGCGUGAAGGAGAAGAGCGACGCCAAACCUCGCCAGCACACCAUCGACCUGAGUCAGAUGUCAGUGCCGAUCCCGGUGACGGAGAGGAGACAGUCCCCGGAGCCGUCGGGUCAGAGCGCCGGAGACACGGACCCCGUCACAGAAUACAUCCCCAUCGGUAAAGUGUGUACGGCUGUGGUCGGAGGAGAUGUCUCUGCAUCCAGCAGCCCGAGUCCGUCAGCAUCUGCAUCCGCAUCCGCUGUGUCUGGACACACCACACAACAGCUGCAGCAGCCGAUCAUCACGCAGGGCGCAGCCGUCACGAAGAUCACGUUCGGCGCUCAUCAGUGUCCCCCGGUGUCCAGCAGCGGCGAGGCGUCCGUCAAGCUCCAGCCGGAGCCCAGCUCCAGUCACACAGCGCCGGAGAAGACCUCCGACAUCCUGAAGAUCUCCAUGAUGCAGGCGGAGAUCGAGCCCAUGGUGGUGGACUCGUCCAGCGACUUGUUUACGUUUUCAUGUUUGUGUGGAUCAGUGACGGUUCUGUGUGUGUCUCAGCUGCAGCAGCCGAUCAUCACGCAGGGCGCAGCCGUCACGAAGAUCACGUUCGGCGCUCAUCAGUGUCCCCCGGUGUCCAGCAGCGGCGAGGCGUCCGUCAAGCUCCAGCCGGAGCCCAGCUCCAGUCACACAGCGCCGGAGAAGACCUCCGACAUCCUGAAGAUCUCCAUGAUGCAGGCGGAGAUCGAGCCCAUGGUGGUGGACUCGUCCAGCGACUGCGGCCCGCUGACCAAACCACCGAGCGCCUCGCCACUCAUCAGCAGCUCCAAACAGACGCUCGGCCGCGUCAAGAGCAAAGACCUGGACAUCAUACAGGUGAUCCCGCAGUACUCCAUCAUGCCCGACUCCAGCCAAUCAAACGUGGUGGUGGAGCCCAGCGGCUUCCUGGAGAUCACCGACUUCACCAGCCAGCGUCUGGACGAGGAAGCUGCCAUGGAACAGGAAGUGGACAGCAGCAACGACGAGGGGGCGGCGGCCAGCCCCACGGCCGACCAAUCACAGUGAAGCGUGCUGAUUUGAUUUGUUCAGAGGAGAAAGACCUUCUGUUUGUGCUUCAUCACAGCUGUAUAGAGAAUCAUGCAGUGAGUUUGUGCUGUAGAGCGAAACCUUACUUUAUGGAGAAUACGAUUCCUGACGGAACGAUAGGAAUGUUUGUGUUGAUUUCUACUUAAAGGGACAGUUCACCAAAAAAGAGUCAUUCUGUCUUCAUUUACUCGCCUUCAAGUUGAUCAAACCUGCACGAGUUUCUUUCUUCUGUACACAACACAAAAGAAGAUAUUUAGAAGAAUGUUGAUAAACAAAUUGAGCCAUUGAGUUCCAUACUAGGGAAAAAUACUAUGGAAGUCAAUGGGUACCAGCAAAUAUUUGGUUACAAACAUUUUAAAAAUAUAUCUGAAUUGUUGAACACGACAGAAGAUAUUUCAUAGGGCCAUAACAUUCA